AGAAAGGAGGAAAUGCUGGAAACUAAGAAGCUAUUGGUUGGUGAUCCCUGGGCCAAUCCGGGAAGAGCAGUGAUUUGGCGGGAGUCUUGACCGCCGCCGACGCUCUAGGUGUCUCAGCGCGAGCUCAAGGCUUCUGGCCACCGUGGCUAUGUUCGUGUCCGAUUUCCGCAAAGAGUUCUAUGAGGUGGUCCAGAGCCAGAGGGUCCUCCUCUUCGUGGCCUCGGACGUGGAUGCUCUGUGCGCUUGCAAGAUCCUUCAGGCCCUGUUCCAGUGUGACCACGUGCAAUACACACUCGUUCCAGUUGCUGGGUGGCAAGAACUUGAAACUGCAUUUCUUGAGCAUAAAGCACAGUUCCAUUAUUUUGUUCUCAUAAACUGUGGAGCUAAUGUAGACCUAUUGGAUAUCCUUCAACCUGACGAAGACACUAUAUUCUUUGUGUGUGAUACCCACAGGCCAGUCAACGUUGUGAAUGUGUACAAUGACACUCAGAUCAAAUUACUCAUUAAACAAGAUGAUGACCUUGAAGUUCCCGCCUACGAUGACAUCUUCAGGGAUGAAGAGGAGAAUGAAGAGCAUUCAGGAAAUGACAGCGAUGGAUCAGAGCCUUCUGGGUCAGAGCCUUCUGAGAAGCGCACACGGUUAGAAGAGGAGAUAGUGGAGCAAACCAGGAGACAGCGGCAGCGGAGAGAGUGGGAGGCCCGGAGAAGAGACAUCCUCUUUGACUACGAACAGUAUGAAUAUCAUGGGACGUCAUCGGCCAUGGUGAUGUUUGACCUGGCGUGGAUGAUGUCCAAGGACCUGAACGACAUGCUGUGGUGGGCCAUCGUUGGACUGACGGACCAGUGGGUGCACGACAAGAUCACCCAGAUGAAAUAUGUGACUGAUGUCGGCAUCCUGCAGCGUCAUGUGUCCCGGCACAACCACCGGAACGAGGACGAGGAGAAUACCCUCUCCGUGGACUGCACGCGGGUCUCCUUUGAGUACGACCUCUGCCUGGCACUCUACCAGCACUGGUCCCUCCACGACAGCCUGUGCAACACCAGCUACACUGCGGCCAGGUUCAAGCUCUGGUCUGUGCAUGGGCAGAAGCGGCUUCAGGAGUUCCUGGCAGACAUGGGGCUUCCCCUGAAACAGGUGAAGCAGAAGUUCCAGUCCAUGGACAUCUCCUUAAAGGAGAAUUUGCAAGAAAUGAUUGAAGAGUCUGCUACUAAAUUUGGGAUGAAGGACAUGCGCAUGCAGACUUUCAGCAUUCACUUUGGGUUCAAGCAUAAGUUCCUGGCCAGCGAUGUGGUCUUUGCCACCAUGUCUCUGAUGGAGAAUCCUGAGAAGGACGGCUCAGGGACAGAUCACUUCAUCCAGGCUCUGGACAGUCUCUCCAGGAGUAACCUAGACAAGCUGUACCUGGGCCUGGAACUCGCCAAGAAGCAGCUUCGAGCCACCCAGCAGACCAUUGCCAGCUGCAUCUGCACCAACCUCGUCAUCUCCCAGGGGCCUUUCCUCUACUGUUCCCUCAUGGAGGGCACUCCAGAUGUCGCACUGUUCUCCAAGCCGGCGUCCCUGAGCCUGCUCAGCCGGCACCUGCUCAAGUCCUUUGUGUAUUCGACAAAGAACCGGCGCUGCAAGCUGCUGCCCCUGGUGAUGGCUGCCCCGCUGAAUGCCGAACAGGGUACGGUGACCAUGGUGGGCAUCCCCCCAGAGACCGACAGCUCAGACAGGAAGAACUUUUUUGGGCGGGCAUUUGAGAAGGCAGCGGAAAGCACCAGCUCCCGGACACUGCACAACCAUUUUGACCUCUCAGUGAUGGAGCUAAAAGCUGAGGAUCGGAGCAAAUUUCUGGAUGCACUUGUUUCCCUCCUGUCCUGAGGAAUUUGAUUCCUUCAGAAACGACCUCCUCCUUAUUUAUAUUAACUGGCUUUUAUUUAGAUUGUAAGUUAUGGACAUGGUCUGUGGUGCAGAGGCAAUGGUUUUUAAUGGAAUAAAAUGCUUGUUUUAGGUUCUGUUCCC